AAAAAUGAAAAUCAAAUGUGUUUCUUACCUCUGAAUCACUACCUUUUAGAAGUUUCUGUCUUAAACUCCAGCAGAAUAAAAUUAUUGAAAACACAACAGUCUCAUUCUAUAGAAGAAAAUCCAACAUUUAUUAUCUCAUCAUCACAAAAGGGAAAAACAAAAUCAUUCCAAGAAUCCCCUUGCUACCAUUAAGUCACUACCUCAAGUUUUCACUUUGUCUACCUCUUUUCAGACAGUUUCAAUAUAGAAAAAGGUGUGAAAUUCAAUCCGACUUUCUAUCACUGAUUCACCACCACCACCACCUGCAUGGUUGUGUAGUGUUGUAUCUCUCUCAAAAUCUUCUUUUUUCAUGCUCUCAAGUUUUCAACGUGAAAAAUGCUUAGGAGCAGAGUAUCCUUUGUUUGCCACCGUAGAGAACAAAGACUUUCCUCUAUAACAAACAAGGCAUUGUCUAACCUCCAAAAGCUAACUUUAUCUUUCUUACCGACAAAUUCAACCAAUCUAAUAACUCUCUGCGCUAGCGGUCACAUAAAGGAAGCCUUAACAGAGAUGGGUAAACAAGGCCUUGAGGUGAAGUUAAGAGACUGCAAGGAACUUCUGAACCAAUGUGUGAGCCAAAGGGCCUUGAAAGAAGGCCAAAGGGUCCAUGCCCACAUGAUCAAAACCCAUUAUGAACCACCCAUGUAUCUCAGGACGAAGUUGAUGGGGCUGUAUGUGAAGUGUGAGUGUUUGAGUGAUGCGAGGCGUGUGUUCGAUGAAAUGCCAGAAAGGGAUGUUGUUUCAUGGACUGCGCUGAUCUCUGGGUAUGCUCAAAGAGGGUAUGCCUCUGAAGCGCUCGAUCUUUUUGUACAGAUGUUAAGAUCAGCUGCUGAGCCAAAUGAGUUCACUUUCUUAACAGUACUUGCAUCUUGUACCGGUGCUUUUGGCUUUGUCCACGGGAGGCAAAUUCAUUCUCUUCUAAUUAAGCACCCUUUUGAAUCCCAUGUAUUUGUUGGAAGUUCACUUUUGGAGUAUGCAAAAGCUGGUAAAAUCCAGGAAGCUCGAGAUAUUUUUGAGAGCUUGCCAGUAAAGGAUAUAGUUUCUUGUACUGCGAUUAUAUCAGGUUAUGCCCAACAAGGUCUUGAUGAAGAGACCUUAGACCUGUUUAGAAGAUUGCAGAUGGAAGGAAUGAGAUUUGAUUAUGUAACUUAUGCUAGCCUGUUAACUGCAUUAUCUAGGCUUGCUGCAAUUGAACAUGGGAGACAAGUUCACGGCCAUGCUCUUCGGUUGCAACUACCAUUUGACAUAGUGCUUCAGAAUACUUUGAUUGAUAUGUACUCAAAAUGUGGAAAUCUUGCUUACGCAAGGAGGAUCUUUGAUGACAUGAGUGAAAGAACUAUCAUCUCUUGGAAUGCUAUGCUUGUGGGCUAUGGCAGACAUGGAUUGUGGAAAGAGGUGGUUGAACUUUAUGAAUUGCUGAAAGCAGAAAGCACAAUUAGACCCAACAAUGUAUCCUUUUUGGUUGUAUUAUCUGGUUGCAGCCAUGGGGGGAUGGAGCAUAGAGGGUUGGAGAUUUUUUAUGAGAUCCUGAGUGAAACUGAUGGAGUUGAACUUGGAAUUGAGCACUAUGCUUGUGUUGUUGAUUUGCUAGGGCGUUCUGGACAAUUAGAAAGCGCCUUUCAGUUCAUCAAGCAGAUGCCUUUUGAACCAAAUGCUGCCAUAUGGGGAUCACUUUUAGUUGCUUGCAGGUUUCACCAAAAUGCCAAGAUUGGCGAGAUGGCAGGCAAUCGGCUUCUGGAGAUUGAGCCUGAAAGUGUGGGGAACUAUGUUAUUUUUGCUAAUUUGUAUGCAUCUGCAGGAAGGUGGGAAGAGGUAAGAAGAGUAAGGGAGUUGAUGCAGCAAAAAGCGAUGGGAAAUGUGCCAGCAAAAAGCUGGAUUGAGGUCGAGCAAACCCUCCAUACCUUUCAUGCUAGUGAUAGAUCACAUCCAAGAAUUGAAGAGAUAUUAGGAAAGGUAAGAGAAUUGUCAGCCAGGAUCAAGGGAGCUGGAUAUGUUCCCGAAAAGGGCUGUGUUUUACAUGAUGUUGAUGAUGAGCAGAGAGAGAAGUUGCUGCUUGGUCACAGUGAAAAACUAGCUUUGGCAUUCGGUAUAAUUGCUAUUCCUCAAGGAAAGCCUAUUCGGGUUAUAAAAAAUCUACGGAUUUGUGUUGAUUGUCAUAUCUUUGCCAAGUUUGUUUCCCAGGUUUAUCGAAGAGAAGUAUCUCUGAGGGACAAAGGACGAUAUCAUAAUAUUGUUGAUGGAAAGUGUUCGUGUGGAGACUACUGGUGAAUGGUGUAAGAUAAUCAUACAAAAGGUGGAUUUAUACCAUUUUGUCUCUAGAGUAUAUGCUUGGAUAAUGUAGAGACCCUGUGAAAUGGUAACAGUUAUGUGGGAACCUGGGUAAGCACAGAUUUAGUCACCACUCAGCAUGAAGAAAAGAUACACUUUGAUUUGUGGGGAUGGGAGGAGAGAGUUGCUCAAAAGUUAUCUUAUGUAGUGCUGUUUUCCAUUAGGAAAGCAGCUAUGGUCAAAGAAGAUAGAAAGAAGCGACUAGCAGCGUGAACUUUGUUGCUUUUUAAUGACUUUCAAGUACAUGCAGAAAGAAGUUGGUCGAGGAGUUUCAAAGGACAUGUUAACCACUUAAAAAAGCUGAGGAGGAUGUCCUGACAGCAUAAUCUCAUAGUUAUUGCAUCUGAUGGUUGUAUCAUUUCCGGCGGAGGAGUUCCUUGUUCUCUAUGAAGCGCAGAUACUGAUCCUUGACACUGGACCGCAUAACAUUUCUCUUGAACUAUCAUAUGUGAUAAAAAAUUAAGAUGCAAAAUUUCAAUCAACUGUUCUUGGCAGACAACAGCAUGAAGACUGUUCAUUGUGUGGAGUUGCUGAGACGAAUACAAGCCAGCUUCACAUAUGCAGGAGGUUGGACUUCUAUGGAAGCACCCCUGUUAGCUCAGCUUAUUUGAAGUUGAGAUGAGCAAUUGUUUAUAUUUUAUUGGGAGAACUGCACAAAUAGUCCCUCAUAUAUUGCAAAUGUGAAAAUUUAGUCCCUCAGAUCGAAAAUGAUCAAUUUUAGUCCUUAUCAAAUAAAAAAGGAUC